GCUCGGUAAUCCCGCGUAACGCAAGGCUAACACUCUCCAGGAAAGUGGGUUUCUACGUACGCCGAGUCAUAGCGAGAGGGCACGCGAGCUUGCUAAUCAACGGUCCUUUUGUUUGCCGACCUUGGAGCCUGGAGGGCAGACAGUGGGGAGUUCCCUCAUGGAGGAGGGGAACCAUGCAUAUAUACCCGCACGCGAGGGUUAUUCGGCGACACAUCAGGACCACUGAACCAACACCAUGAAGACGACUCUGGUUCUGUUGCUCUGCGCCGCCGCUUUUGUGGCUAUAGCGGCCGGGCCCUCAGGAGGCAGAGCGGAGGAGCGGUGCGAGCCGGGGACGGUCACCAACGACGGCUGCAACACCUGCACCUGCACCUCCACCGGCGUCAAGGCCUGCACGCUCAAGCUGUGCCUCGGCCCCGCUCGUAUUGCUAGAGAAACCCAGGAGUGCGUGCCAGGCACCAACUUCAAGCGGGACUGCCACGAGUGCUUCUGCACCCCCGACGGCAAGCCCGCGUGCACGCGUGAAGCCUGUCCCUAGAGCCCAUCAUCCGGCGCGAAGACUGUCCCUAGGGCCCGUCAUCCGGCGCGAAGACUGUCCCUAGUGCCCGUCAUCCGGCGCGAAGACUGUCCCUAGUGCCCGUCAUCCGGCGCGAAGACUGUUCCUAGUGCCCAUCAUCCGGCGCGGUCUCGAGUCGUCAGUGCACCCUUAAUCUAAGCCAUUGGCCAUCAUUAAAUAUAUUUUUUUUAUUUUACUCGCUGUAAUUGAACCACAUGCGUGGUUAUGAUGCAAAUAUAUUAAAAGUCCUGUACAUAUUAGAAACUUAAAUACUAUAAAUUAUAAUUUAAUAAGAAUAAAUUAAUUUAAAAACUAUAAUCAUACCACAAGUAAUUCUUUUUUCUUAUGAAAUUUUUGAUUUGAUUUUGUGAUGGCAACCAUGUAAAAAUGUAAUGAUUCCUAUUAAUAAUUUUCUCUAUAAGCUCAUAAAAACAAAAUAACAUAUAAAAGCUGAAAACACAAAUUACAAAUUUACUUCUAGAAUAUUUUUAUGUGUGGUCAAAUUUUGAAAAACCAAAUUUUUUAUGUGGUUAAAUUAUUGAGGAAAAAAUCAUAAUUUUUUUCCCCAUAACAUGUGUAAUUUGUUAAGAGAAAUGAAAGGAUAAGUGUGAAACCAAUCUUGCAAAAAUUGUGCCAUAAGUGUUGAGCGUUUUGUUAAAUACUUCUUUGUGGUUUUUAUAUGGCAUUGGACAGAUUUUCCAGACAUGUUUUUUUAAUAAAAUUAAUACCUAAAACGCUACAUUUGUUUUCAUUCCAAUGUCUGGUUAUCAAAAAAGACAACUUUAAAUAAUUAUCUUAAAAAUACUACAUUUGACUGAAAACACUUGAAACAGCUUUCUGUUUUUUUAUUAUUUUGUAUAUUUGAACAUAAUAAAAUAUUGAAAACUUAAAUCUUUAAUUAAUGCUUAUAUUAGAAAUACUCAAUUUAGAGAUAGAAAAUAUAAUGAUGCAUUAGUUUUAUUCUCGAUCUUACAAUAACUUACCUCAGAAAAUACAGCCUGCAGCAUUCAGAUACCAUGUCAUUUCAACUUCUUCAUUGCACGUUCAGAAAACCGAUGUCCAUUCGGUUAGAUAGGUAAACGUGAAGAAAGUGAGUGCAAACUUAGAGAUAAAGCCAAUUUAGAUACUGAUCUAUAAUAACAAAUUGGUUAAGUCACGAUGUAUGAUUUCCUCGCCAUUGUGUUCAAUCAUUCUGAAUGAGUGUUUCUUUCUGAUAUGCAAAAGAAAGGGCAAUCACGAAAACAUAUAAGCUCAUGCAAAAGUUGUAGUGGUAAUUUAAAAAUUUCAGUGUUAUUCCCUAUAUGUUGAUACGUUUGAGGUUUACAACACUAUUUUGAAUCAACAACCAAACAUGUUUUUAACUAUCAGGUAAAAGAAUUAAUCACUCAUAGUGCAAUAUUAUUGUAAGUUCUGAUUCUGUAAUUUUGCACAAACCCCUGGGAGAAAGUUACUAAAUUUCCUUCAGAUAUUGUUAAAUAUUUAUUGUCGCCAAAACAUAACAUUGCUAUUGAUUUUGAGGCUCCCUAUCAAACAUUAGGAUAAAUUGCAUUUGCCACUAUUCUGUAAAAAAAAAAAAAAAACGUAAUGUCUCGUACGAAAGGCAACGUACGUAAACAGGUAUUCUUUCUCCCUGCACGUAGUGUGGAAUUUCUUAGCCAAAAGUGCUGCUUAUGCGUUUGGCCAAAACAUACCAUAAAAAAUUCCUAGUACAUACCAUAUAGCCACGAGAAUUGAAACGAUGUCUAGUAAUCACUGUUUAUCCAGAUGAACUGUGUAAAAAACACUUUGCUAGUAUGCGAGACUAGUCAUGCAAGGUCACAUAAUUUUUGACUUUGUGACCUUAACUGCCUUCACUUCAGAAUAGAUUGCGUUAUCUUUCCUGAAUUUCGAAAGUGAUUUUACAGUAGUUGUAUCUUAUAAUUGUUUACUCUAAAUAGCUUGUAUUCGAAAUAAAAAAUUUUCAUCUGUUAAAUAAGUACUAAGAGCGGCGUUUAUAUUUUAAUUUUCGUUUGUAUUUCAAAGAGUAAAUAAACUUUCUUUUA